AUUGACAUAUCUGAAAAUUGUGUAACCUAACCUCAUGUUCUGGCAGAGUAAUGACAUGAGCUGGUGGAGAAUUUGUUUGUCACGAAAUAACGUUUGUACAGGGAACAGCUUCGGCGAAGGAGUUCUACAAGCGGAACCAUCAAUGGACAGAAGGUCUCAUAUCCGCUGCCAAAGCAGUCGGCAUGGGAGCUAACUUUUUGUUGACUGCGGCUGAUGAGGUUGUGAGCGGAGGCGGGAAGCUGGAGCGGCUUGUGGUCGCAUCGCAGGGGAUUGCUGCCAGCACGGCUCAACUUGUCGUAGCCAGUCGGGUCAAGGCAAGCCGCAACUCUACCAACAUGAGUCAGCUGUCCUCAGCCAGCAAGGACGUCACUCAGGCCACAGCUGGAGUUGUCGCCACUGCCAAGUCCUGCAUGCAGCUUGUUGAGGACUCAGAGGAAUUGGAUGUAAGUGGACUGAGCCUGCACCAAGCCAAGCGACUGGAGAUGGAGGCACAGGUGAGGGUGCUGGAGCUGGAGUCUGACCUGGAGAAGGAGCGGUUGAGGCUGUCGGCUCUGCGAAGACAUCACUACCAGUUGGCGGGGGAGACUGACGAGUCACCCACCCUCUGAGGUGACAGGAGUCUAUAUUUUCAAGCGAUUUAUUUGUCGCUGUUUACUCUUCGUUGCAAAUUGGCUGGCCAAAGCCUCUUCAAUCUAUUGUAUGUUAAUUGUAACUUUCAUGAGUCACUAGUAAUUUAUAACUUAUGCAUUUAUAUGCUUGUCAUAUUUCAUGAUCAAUAUCGAUUCUAAAUGCAUAUUUGUAAGUACAGUUCUAAUUUUAUAAGCAUGUGAGGUUGUGCUGUUCACGUAGAUGACAGAUUCGUUUGUCUUAAAUUUAUUUAAAAGAGAUUCGGAGAUUAAAAUUGUGGAAACUAAGACUGGUAGUGUUAAUUAUCGUUCAUAAACUACGAGUUGUUUUCUUUUUUAUGUGAAGAAGUACUGUAUUAAAAAGUUGAAACAUUAUUGAGUGAUGCAGUAAAAGUCACAACUUGAUAUUUUAUUUUAAUAAAUAUUAACUAUUCAAAGCGAUACUUUAAUGAUUUAUAUUACCAGUUGGUUUGUCUACGUUGUUUGUUGAUUUGUAGGUGGUUGUAGUAUUCCUUCUUAAUAAAGACUACUUAAUUCCUUA